GUGUGUGUGUGUGUGUGUGUGUGUGUACCCUGCCAUCCCCACCUGUUGAACAACAUGCACAUUCUUUUCAAAACCCACUCACUCACUUAAUAAGUUAGACAACAUCCUUAUCCACACAUACACACAUACACACCUACCCACCCCUGCGGCCCUGGCUAUCUUUCUUUCCCCUUUCUUCUUCAUCUUCCUUUUACCUCCUAAAGAUGUUUAAUGACAAAGGAAGGAAGAAAGGAAGGAAGAAAGAAAGAAAGAAAGAAAGAAAGAAAGAAAGAAAGGAAGAAAGAAAGAAAGAAAGAAAGAAAGAAAAGAAAUAAUGAUGAGAGAUGCUGACUGUGAAGAACAUGUUCAUCCUUCUAACGACUGACAAUAAAGGAAGCUUAUUGGUCCUCCAGUCUCUCCCUCUCUCCCGCCUCUCUCUCUCUGUCUGAGACAGGCUUACUGUGUCUCCCAGCUCUAGAGGUCAUUCUGUCACCCAGUGAGUGAGCAAGGGGGAGGGAGGGGUGGGAAGUGAUGAUUCAGACAGAGAGAGGAAGACAGACACACCGAGGACGAGACAGAUAAAGGAUGAGUCACAGCAUAGACAGACAGACAGAGAGAGAGAUUCAGCUAUGUAAAGGAAGAAGAUAAAAGGGAAGAGGGCCGGAGUGAGUGACACAGACACAGAGGAGGAUCUUCUGGUCUUCAGGAGCAGGGAGAAGAGGGAGGAGAGCAUUUGACCAGACAUGGAGGCCAUUGUUUGUCCAAUGGGUGGCAGCAGUAGCAGCAGCAGGUUGUUUGGUACAUUGGCCCAGCCACUCAACAGGGCCCCCUUGGCCCAACCAGACCCAUACCUGGAGGACAACCCUGACCAGGACCUGGCUGAGAUCGAUCCGGACCAGCUGCUCAGAGAGUGCGAGGAGGCUCUGCAGAGACGUCCGGCCCGGCCACAUCGGGAUCUGGUCUAUCCCACCGGCAUUGCGCCCUGCCGCCACAAGCACAACCCCCCCAUACGGAUUCUGCAGUGGAAUAUACUUGCACAAGCUCUUGGUGAGGGGAAAGACGGCUUUAUCCGCUGUCCACUGGAUGCUCUCAACUGGCAGGAAAGGAAAUACCUGAUCCUGGAGGAGAUCCUCACCUACCGCCCCGACAUUGUGUGUCUACAGGAAGUGGACCAUUACUAUGACACUUUCCAGCCAAUCAUGGCCAGCCUGGGUUACCAUGGCACCUUCCUGGCCAAACCCUGGUCUCCCUGUCUGGAUGUAGAACAGAAUAAUGGUCCUGAUGGCUGCGCUCUGUUUUACCGCCGCUCCCGCUUCUCCCUCCAGGCUACCUCUCACCUGCGGCUGUCGGCCAUGAUGCUGCCCACCAACCAAGUUGCCAUCGUCCAGACGCUGAACUGCCAGGUAACGGGCCGCCGGCUGUGCGUGGCCGUCACCCAUCUCAAAGCUCGUAGCGGCUGGGAGAGGUUGCGGAGCGCACAAGGCGCCGACCUGCUGCAAAGUUUACGCAGCAUAGCGUCCCGAGCUGGCAGCAGCCAGAGCGAGGCAGCCUCGGCCAGUGUGCCUUUAAUAGUGUGUGGGGACUUUAACGCAGAACCCUCGGAGGACGUGUACCGGCGCUUCAGCUCCUCCCCCCUCGGCCUGAACUCUGCUUACAAGCUGCUGAGCUCUGACGGACAGACGGAGCCGGCCUAUACCACAUGGAAGAUCCGCCCCUCUGGAGAGAGCUGCAGCACUCUGGACUACAUCUGGUAUACCCACGAUGCUUUGAGUGUGGAGUGCCUGUUGGACAUUCCUACAGAGGAGCAGAUCGGCCCAGACCGCCUCCCCUCCUACCACUACCCCUCCGACCAUCUAUCACUGCUCUGUGACAUCACCUUCAGGGAGGAGCCGCACAGAUUGAGGCUGAUUGCCAGUCACAGCAGCCCUGGACCAAUAGGAGGGCUGGGAUAGUGGACCGCUAGAAACAAUACUGAACCUUUACUGUAAAGCAGAGGAACAGCAUCUGCUGCUUUCUGUGCUCAUAUUGAAGCAGAUUCAAGGCGGGACAAGUGAAACCUAAUGGGAACGUGAAUAAUAUGAGACAGACACAAAGCCAUAAAGCUGGUUCACUUUCUGUAAUGUUAUUUUAGAGAUCAUCAUAAUGGAAAAGAAAAAGAGACAUUGUGACAUCAUCAUAAUGGAAAAGAAAAAGAGACAUUGUGACAUCACCUCGCUGGAAAAACAAACAGAGUUUUAAGUUUGGAUUUGAUUCAGUUGGAGUUCAGCUGAAAUGGCAGCUAAGUGCUUCAUCUGCCGAAGUUCCUGGAAGCCAACUGUGGUUAUUUAUUGUUUCCAAUGCGCACAGAUUAUUAUCACUUAAUGUUCUUAAAUUAUUCUUUCUACUUUCUGUCAGUGGGUUAUACCAUAAUCAACAUCCUUUCCUAUUGUGUUUUAAAAUAAAUGAUUUUGCUUUGAAGUAAUCCUGGAUGGUUCUUCAGUUUGACAUUGGUAAUCAUGACAGUGUUGUUGCUGUGAAUACAUUAAGCAGGAGGAGAUAUGUUAAUGUUAAUAUAUAUAAUAAAGUCAUUAUUUGUACUCUUA